AUGCCUCCAGACAGUCUGAGAUCAGCUGUGUACAGAUCCUUUGUCACUUGUGAUGAUCCCAAAGGUGUUGUGGAAUGUACGACAAUCAGAAAAUCACAAAUGGAAAAAAAUGUGUAUUGUUCAUCAGACAAGGAAAAAGGAAGAGAAACAGUCAGCAAAGAUAAUCACACAUCUUCGUUCCAGCUAAUGGAGCUGUCCAGAGAAGCUCAAAAUCUGAACCAAGUGAUCCACUCAUGGUCUAAGGGUAUGACCAUAGAAAGACAUUCGAAUGAUAUCAUCGCUAAAGAUUUGUUGAAAGGAGCCCUUGAUUUACAGGAAUCACUUGUGAUGCUAGGGAAGCUGCAACAAGCUUCACAACAUAUGGCAAAGUUGAAGAAGAAGAAGCAGAAAGAUACGCCUCAACUUGAUGGAAUACCCAUUCAAAGAACCAAGUCUGAAAGGAUUUCAGAACACAGGCUUGAGUUUCAAAAACCAAGAUUUUCUGUUGAUGGGGAUUGUUUUGAUGAGCUUAGGGAAGUCAUAAGAGAUAACUUUGCUAGACAAAAUCUGCUGCAACCAAAUUGUGCUUCACAAAAGUCUCGGUUUCAAACAAGUGAAAAGGCAUCUGUUGAUACAAGGAACAUGAUUAUAUCAUCACAUGUCCCAUCCACUAGUUCAAGCCAGUCCUCCAUUGUUCAAUCCCAACAAGUGACCGCUUUUGAUUAUUCCCUGCCUCAGGAGAAGCCAGACGGGCCAAAUUUAAUUGCCAGACUGAUGGGUCUUGAAGAAAUUCCUAGAAAGCCCCAGCACCAAACUACCCAGAAGCACUAUGAGAAGAACAGGGUUGUCAAGCAGACCAGACCUAUAUUUGAAAUAGAUUUGCCAAAAGCAAAGAAGCCAACAUUCAUCAGUCACAAGGUGGAUCCAAAAAGAAAAACAUUGGAUGAAAUAAUUGAAACCAUGCAUUUUAAGGGGCUUUUGAGAAGCAAGUCUACACAUAAAUCUAAUAGUGUUUCAGGUUUGAUAAAUAAGUUUGUUGAUUCUCCACCCAUUGUGAUCAUGAAGCCUCUAUAUUCACAGGGUGAAAUGUUUCCUGCCUGUAACCAUGAACAAAAUCCAUCUGGCUCUAGAAACAAAUGGGAAGAAAGUUCAUCUGAUGAUCAGAAGGGAGCAUCGAAUUUCACCAUAUAUAGGAAAAUGCAGACAGGAAAAGAUCAUAAUAAUAGAUACAGCAAAGAAAAAUGGCGCAAGGAUCAUGGUGAAGCACCUUCAAAAUCAAAGACUCUUCAAGUUUUGAUUCAGCCUAAAACAAAGAUUAUAGCUUCUUCUGCUGGAAAGUAUCGUGGUGAAGCAACUGCAAAAUCAAAGACUUUUGAUGUUCUGAGUCAAGAAAAACAGCCUAAUACAAAGAUUAGAGCUUCUUCUCGGGGCAAGGAUCUUGGUGAAGCACCUUCAAACUCAAAGAUUCUUAGAGUUCUUCUGCAAGAAAAACAUCCUAAUGCAAAGAUCAAAGCUUCUUCUCCUGGCAAGUAUAGUGGUGAAGCAACUGCAAAUUCAAUGACUGUUAAAGUUUUCAUUCAGGAAAAACAGCCUAAUACAAGGACUAGAGCUUCUUCUCCUGGAAAGACCGGGAAACCAAAGAAAGAAGCAAUUGGAAAAAGAGAGGACGGGACUCGACGAGUAGCUCCUGCUAUCAGAAACUCUAAAGAAAUGAAAAAUGCCAAAAUAGACGACAGUGCUAAAUUUCAGGACCAAUGCAAGAUGAGCACUGUGAAAGUGAGAAAACCAGAGAGAAAACCAUUGGUUGCACAAGCAAAAAGUACUAUAUAUGAUCCUCAGCACAUCACAACCACUGCAUCUCAUAACUCCAUUAAGAGGAAGAAGAAUGUUAAAGCUGACAAGUCCAUCAAGAGUACCCCCAUUGCUACAGUUGACAACAUAGAACACAAGGAUGAAAAUAUAGAAAUGGUGCAGGCAGUAGAUAAAGACACAGAUAUAGCCAUAUCCGAAGUUACAUUCUCAGAAGAGCUUCAGUUAGAAAAAGGGGCUAAUAUCUUUGAGGAUCUUGUCACCGAUAAUGCUGUCAAUGGUGAAAGUGUCCCUUGUGAAUCUAGCGUUCUAUCAACCUAUUGUCUCGGUGACAUCAAAUUAGUGGAGCAGAUUAACUGUAACAUCAAUCUAGACUUCGCUGAGAAUGAAAACUUAGACUCCGGAGCCACUACAAGGCAUUUACUGUUGAGCAGUGAAUCGUUCCUCUGUCAGUGCGAGGAGCUUUUUGAAACAGAUGUGUGGGAACUAACUGUAUGGCAGACAACUAGUGUAGAUCAUGAAAUUGCUCAUAGAUCACUCUUACUUGAUUGUGCUAAUGAGUUAUUAGAAAAUAAAAGGUCCCAAUGUGCACUGGCAGUUAAUCCGUUAUCACUGAAGGCCAUUAAGAUGAGAAAAUAUUAUGUAUCCUUUGACAAGUUGAUGAAUGAAAUUUGUGAUGGGAUUGAAGUUCUGCGAUGUUACAAUAAGGUGGCUGGCAAGAACCUUUCAGCUGAUGCUCUUUAUCCACUGCUAGAAAGAGAUCUAUGGUGCAAGGGGGUGGUCGGCAAUGCAUGGGAUCUGGCUUGGAGAACUGGAUUAUCUAACAAUGAAGUUGAACAAGUGGUAACUGACAUUGAGAAGUAUCUUUUAGCUGCAUUUAUCGAUGAUUUGUUGACCGACUUCAUGCUAUAGCACUAGUACAUAUUCAGGUGGGCGAUUUAGGAACUUGACUUAUAUAAUCUGUGAAGUUGGAGAAACUUUAAAG